GCAUGCGCGGGGAGCUGGGUCUGCAAGAGCUCGCAUGACUGCGUCGUUGGGACCGCUGGAGGUUUUUCUCAGGUGGGGGCGGUAAGAGCAUCCUUAGGCGCAAAUGCAUAGCCGACAUACGAAAUGAUGCUUGGAGGAUCGGAGAAUGACAGCAGACAUUGCUGUGCCAUUUCAGGAGUCUGCUGAAGAUGUCAGUGGAGAGGCGACUGGCGUUUUCCAUCGUGCAGUUUCUCCGCGAUCAGACACACCGCGGGACGUUGAAUUCGGACGAGCAGGAGAGCCUUGAGGUUGCAAUACAGUGCCUGGAGACCACGUUCAAGAUCAGCUCCAGUGACAGCAACCUGGCAGUGCCCCAGCCUCUCACGGAGAUCUUCAGCAACUCCAUCUACAUGAAUGACAAUGUGUCCAUACCUGAUAUUUCUCCAUCGCCAGAAGACACAGAGAGGGCAGAGCAACUGAAAAAUGAAGGAAACAACCACAUGAAGGAGGAGAACUACGCCUCGGCGGUGGAAUGUUACACAAAGGCCAUCGACCUGGACCUGAGGAAUGCUGUGUACUACUGUAACAGGGCCGCCGCGCACAGCAAGCUGGGAAACUACACAGAGGCCACUGUUGAUUGCGAGAGAGCAAUUAGGAUCGACCCUGCCUACAGCAAAGCCUACGGACGCAUGGGGCUGGCCCUGACUGCCAAGCAUAAGUACCCAGAAGCCAUCGAAUACUUCAAGAAGGCUCUCAUGCUGGACCCGGAGAAUGACACCUACAAGUCCAACCUGAAGAUCGCAGAGCAGAAGCAGAAGGAGGCCUCCAGCCCUACUGCCACUGGACUGGGUUUCGACAUGGCCAGUCUCAUCAAUAACCCUGCCUUUAUCAGCAUGGCCGCCAGCGUGAUGCAGAACCAGCAGGUGCAGCAGCUCAUGUCAGGGAUGAUGUCCAAUGCGGUGGGGGGGCCAGCUGCUGGGGUGGGUGGCAUGUCAGACAUUUCCAGCCUCAUUGAAGCUGGUCAGCAGUUUGCUCAGCAGAUCCAGCAGCAGAACCCUGAGCUGAUCGAGCAGCUGAGGAACCACAUCCGGAGCCGAUCCUUCAGUGGCAGUGCUGAGGAGCAGUCUUGAUCCAUGAAGGUCUGGCAGCACCAGGACCAACAUGGCCGCACUCUCUACAUCCAUUCUUUUAACCCCAGACCAUCGGCAGUACUGGGAGGACGUGGCGGGGGGGCGGCACUUCACUGUGACACUACUGCUCCGAGAAUGCCAUCGCACACCGUCACCUAACGUGAUCCCACCCACAUCCACAGAGAAGGCCCGCCUCUGUAUGUCACCCCGGUAACGCUCAGAGCGGUCCUGUACGUGUUUCUAUGUGCAGUCUACGUGCUUCUUCUGUCUGCUAUCUGCACUGUAGCUGUAAGUAGCAUAUAACAGCAGGGUUAACAAUCGCACUUUUGUUCCACAUGGCAAAGUGGAUUUGAAAAGAUUUCUGUAUAUUACUUCCUAUAUUAUUUUAGGGAAAGCGCAAGUUGGAUGGGAGGACCAUAAAUAUAUCUGAUAUUGAUGUAUAUUUUAAUUAAAAGUUGUACCUUUGAAUGGGUGGUUUUACCCUGUGCCCCUGAAGGUUCUGUUACCCAACAUACAAGUAUUUAAUUUCAUGUUGAAAUAUAAGACUGAGAAUGCAAAUUGUUCACUGCAUCCAGAGAUAUGCGAUACCCCCUGAAGAUUAAAACUUCAGUUUUGCACUGUGCUCAAAUCAGUACAUGACGAUUAAGGUGAAAUCUGCAUUGACAAAGUUGCACCAAUCUCGGUACGUUUUUAUACCAUUUUAUCCCCUGAUGUAAUGAAAACGAUCCUAAGUUACUACUUCAGUUUGCAUGCUCCCGCAAUGACGUUAAAUUUGUGUGGACGCUGAGGGAGCUCAGGGUGGCAUGUGCAGGAAACGGGAGAGUACCACAUUAUGCAUCGUCUGAACUGAUAUGUUACGUGAUGUUAAUAAAGCUAACUUCAAACCGA